UUUAAAAUGCAGGACUCCGAAAAUUACGAGUUGGAUCCGAAUUUUGCUGUUGUUUGUUCAUUUCUCGAACGAUUUGGAAAAUAUUUUGGUGACAGAUAUGCUGAUAUUUCCAUAGAAGAUCUCAAAUCAUUUUUAGAGGCACCAGAAGUUGAUGAAAAGAGUAACUUUGUGAGUUUACAUGUUGCCCUGUUUCGUGGGAUAGGAUUCAACCAUUAUAGACCUGAGCAAUGGUUCAAAGAUGUCAUCAGGUUUAGCAGAGAUUUUCCUGAUGGUGAUGAUGUACUUAUCAAGGACAAGGGUUAUGCCAACAUUCCAAUCUCUGCAAAGCUUCGCAUUUUAAAGAAUCUUUGUGAGGAUCAGUUUGAGUACAAUGAUCGUUUUAACAGACAUGUCAAUGAGGAACUGGAAGAGGGGUCCAAUCUUCGUCAUGAACCAGUUGGAAAAGAUAAACUUGGUCGAUCUUAUUGGUUUAUGCUGGACAAGGAAGGUGGCCUACGACUGUUCAGGGGAUGGCGAAAUGACUUGACUAAAGAUGAAACUUGGAACAUAGUUUGCUGUGAGGUUGAUGAACUGGAAAAGUUGAUAGAGGCUUUGGAAGAUGCUGACAGUUUAAAACAGAUGGACCCUCCAGUACAAAAGCGUCCUGAUAUGUCUCCACAGAAAAAAAUCUCUCCAAAAGAUCUUCUUUCCACUGCCACAGAGGAUGCUGCCAAUGUGAUGUAUUUCUCAAGCAUUAUGAGCUCUCCGCGAUUUUAUAAACCUCCAAAAGCAAGAACGAAAGCUCAGAUUCUACAGGAUGAGCGGAAGUUUGAUUUACCCCACUGUGAUGUUGAAAUAACGAGACUUAGUAAGAGACAGCUAAGGAAAUAUAAGAAACAGAACAAACCAUCUCUGACAGCUAAAAACAAAUCUCAGGACAGUAAAAACAAAUCUCCUCUAACUGAUAAGAUAAAUUGUGACAAUGAGAAAUUGAACAUGGAGGAUUCUCCAGUAAAAGAGGACUUGCACACUUACUCAGAACAGACAGGUAACUCCUCUGAAAAUCUCAAUACUGAUACUGAAAUUACAGCGGGUGAUAAUCGUGGCAAUUCUAGUUCAAACAAAGAGAGAGACUGUGAAAAUAGCGAAAGAGCAGAUGUUGAAAAUAAAAUUGCAGCAAAUGUUUCUAAAGAAAGGACUUCUGAAGAAAAUGAUAGACGUGCUAUAGAUCUUGUAAAUGAUUCUUCAGAGAUGGAAAAAGAAAUUGUUUGUGACAAAAUAUCAAACAGAAAUGAUGCCAGCGAUUCUAGUGAAGUAGAUAAAUGUGAUAGAGUUCUGUCUGAUAAAAAGGUAAUUUCUAAUUGUGGAAAAGAAAACAAAGAAGUGGAACCCUUAUGUGAUAAAAGUACCUGUCAAGCUAAAUCAGGUACAUGUGUAUGCAUAGAAGGCAGAACUGAUUCUAGACAUAAAGGUAAAUGUAACACAGAGGUAGCCCAACCUGUUGAAAAUGAGAUACAGAAACUUGAGAAACAAACCAGGGAAAAUGUUAGUGCUGAGAAAGAGGAAAGUCGUGUUUCAUUGAUAAAUAAUAAGGGAGAUGCAUGUAGUCAGCAAGACGUAGCGAACAUCAUUGACCAAAAAAAGACGCAUGUCAUUGAUGAUACAUUUAAUCAAAAAGAUAGUUCUGGUUCUGGCAAACAUAAUAAAGUUCCUGAGGAUGACAAAAAUGUGUUUGACAAUGCUAUUCAAGACCUAAUACAGUUGGAAGGCAAACCUUUAAACGAGUUCAAAUGUGAAAAUGGGAAGAACAAUAAAGCAUUUAUUAAAGAAGUCUCAGAGAAGAAUGAUAUCAAAAAUGUGAAAAGAUUUCUUGAGGGGGAACAAGUAGACAAUAAACAAGACCUGAAAGGAACGUGUGAACCAGACAGCGAUCGCUCUAUAGAUAAUGAUAAACAAGUUAUUGAUCAUGCUUUAAAAGAUCUGAUGCAGUUGGAAGAGAUGAUUAAUCAGGGUAGUCCUUCAAGUACAUGUUUAUCUCCAGCUAGUUCAAAUGAUCUCAGUUUAUCAAAAGGGGAAAACAGAACUCCAAAAACUAUUUCUUCUAAGGAAAAUGAAAGUACCUCUGUAGAAAACACUGUAACUUCUGUUGAUGAAGAGAGUGAAAAGUUUAGUAGUAAAAAGAUUUUACCAUCAAGGAAUGAUGCAAAUAAUGAUGAGAAAUCAAGUUCAGCGGAACAUGAUGACUUAGUAUGUAAGGCUGAUGAAUCUAAAUCAAAUAGUGGUACAGAAAAUAAAGAUAAUGAAGAGGGAAAACUAAAAGAUGAAGAUGUAUCAACUGAUAAGUUAUGUGAUACAAGGAAAAGCAAUGAUAGAGAGAAAAAAUUAACAGACAGUAUUAAAUCCUCUAAAAUAGAGGAAGGAUUGGAAGUUCAAGACAGUUCUGUGAAAACUUUAUGUAAUGGAAUAUGUGACCAAAGCCCAGAAGAAGUUGGAUGCUAA